UUAUUUUUGAUUGGUACAAAGUUGUAAACUGCGUUUUUAUUUGAUGGUCAAUCAGGAAAAUUUAUAUUGUGCUGCUUGAAAUCGAUUACAAACGAUAAUUUUAUAAUCGUUUUAUGAAAGCGAAAUACAAAAACACCCUGACAAUGUUUUUUUUGCAUGGUAAAGAGUAUUAAGGGCAAAAUGCUCGUGACAUGACGCCAUAUUUCUAAUGAAAAUAUAACUGUCAAACCUAAAUCAAAUCAUGAAACCCUGUCAAAGUUGAAUAUCGUAAGUAAACAAUAAUAAUCCGUAAAAUUUUGAUUUUUUCCCUCAUAUUCAGAGGGCACCUAACGGUCAUGGUUGUUAGCACCAAUAUGGGUUCUCAUCAUGUGAACUGUGAUUUUAAUUCCUGCAGAAUGUAAGAAAGUAAAUAUUUAUAACAUGCUCCAAACACGUAGAAUCCCAAUUACGGAAAUAAACGAAUACCUUACCUGCAAACUUUGUAAGGGUUACUUCAUAGACGCCACGACAAUCAUUGAAUGUCUUCAUACCUUCUGUCGAAGUUGUAUAGUGAAAUAUUUGGAGAACAAUAAGUAUUGUCCAGUAUGUGAUGUUCAGGUCCACAAAACUAAGCCUUUACUUAACAUUAGACCUGAUAAGACGCUGCAAGAUAUUGUUUACAAACUAGUCCCUCGACUUUUUCAAAAUGAGAUGUGUAAGAGGCGUGAAUUCUACACUUCUCACCCUGAAGUGCGCCCUUCUAAUUUGGAACAGUGUGGUGAAGUUUCAUACCAACAUAUUUUGAGCCCUGAUGAAACAAUUUGUAUAUCUUUAAACUAUCACGGUCAUAGUGGGCCUCCAAGAUAUUUACGAUGCCCGGCAGCAAUAUCUGUGGUGCACAUACAGAAACUUUUAAGAGCGAAAUACGACCUUUGCAAAAACCACCGCAUAGACAUUUUGCACAAUCAGGACUGUCUCAAUUCUCACCUCACUCUUAUGGAUAUCGCCUACAUUUACCUGUGGCGGCGGAAGGGUCCUCUAGAUUUGACCUACAGGAUAUACGAAAACACAGCUAAGAGGCUAAAACUCGACUCAAAUUCAUCCAUUUCAGCGACUGAAGAAGACGAAUCAUCAGAAACAAAGAACGAAUGGAAAGAAGUGCAGUUGAGAAUAAGUGAGACUGGCGAAAUGUGUGUAACAGGUGUCGAUAACACUACGAUACUCAACGAAGAAGUAGCAAAGGGUAACAUGAUUGAGAUGAAAAGUGAAGAAACGUCUUCGAAAAAAGACAUACCUCCGUUAAAACCAAUCACCAAAACCAGUGUUACUAAUACAUGUGUUAAAAAUAAAAGUAUUUGCUCUGAAGAGGCAAAACCGAACGCAACAACGACAGCAUCACAAUUAGCAACAACAACAACAACAAUAACCACAAUAAAUACUCCUUGCACUUCCGGUUCUUCAAACAUCACAUUCGCUUCGUUUGUAACAACCAGCACUUUGGCAGGUGCAGGGGGCACACGAAGUACCACAACUUGCACUUAUACGACCCUGAGUUCAGUCACAAGUUGCACGACGUCUCGCAGUAACGAUGGUGUCGGCAAUGUCGUCAAAGAUGAAAAGAAAAAGACAACGCCCUCUCCUAAUGCUGUCGAAGAUGUCUCUUCAAUUUCCGUGGUGCCUUCCGAAGACAAACAAUCAAAGAGGAAAAACUCCGGAGACGCCGAAGGCGAACCACCCUCGAAACAGCCCAAACCCACUAUUUUGAAUCAUUCUUUAGCACUUCAGGGCAUUUCUUUGAAGCAACAAAGUCCAAAGACUACAGAAAAUGGGAGUAAAGAUGUCCCUAUCGUUGCCAAAACGACCACGUCAAGUAAUGUUAUAAUUCGAAGUGUUACGACAGUUGUCCCGCCUAUUAACGUCCCUGCAACUUCCACGGCCCCUUCAACAUCUAAUAAGCCGAUAAUAAUCAAUAAAAGUUAUGCGAUAACCAGACCCACAACUCCCGCUAAAAAAUGGUCAAGUAAGACCACAGGUCCCGUUAGUGUGCCUUGCUACACCCCGAAAACCACGUAUAAUUCCGUUCUCAACGUUCCCCGAGUGUCUGCCGUCAUUACAAGAACAGAUCCAAAACCAUCAACGUCAACACCCAACACUAAAAACACUUCCCAAUCGUCUAACGCUGUUAACGUUCAAACGUCAUCAAUUGACACCAAAAGUUCGGAAUUUAAACCUACUACUGUUGCUCAGGCAACAGUAAACAAUAAAUCGUCAGUUAAAGGAUCUAAAACGACAGCGGUUCCGUUAGGGGCAUACAGAACAUUGCGCGAACCUCCGAAGUCGUGGAAUUCGCAGAUAUCGAAAGCACAUGUCCAAAAAACAGGCGUGGACGUUAAAGCAGGUGAAUCUAAGAACGCAAAACCUGCAAAGUUUUUCAAAAUGAGGAACAACAUACCCAGAUAUUUGGGCAAUCCUGCGUCUGGAGUAAAACCUAUGUACCAAGUGCACUGCAGUCCUGAAAAGGACAAAGCCAGUUCCUCCGAAGUAAAUAGCAAACCCGAGAGCAAAACGGAGAUCAAAAAACAUUCUAUCGUUAAGAUCGAUCCAAAAACAUUGAAACCCAUCUCCGAAAAAGCUCCUGAAACUACAAGUCUAAGUAAUCAGUCGGAUUUGAAGAUCAACACUAGUUCGGUACCGAUAUUCAAUCCGUUGAAGUUGCAAAACUCUCCGAAAAACGAGAGAAAGUCACCUAAAAGUCCCCAUUCACCUCCCAAAAUUAAAACAUCCUCGCCCACGUCAAAGCGGGAUAAACUCAGUUUAAACUUUACACCGCCUAAUCCUUUUGUACCCAAUUUAACAUCACCAACGCUUAAUCCAAAUCAAUUUCUUUACUCAGCUGUACCCCCAGGAUUUCCCGCUUACGAUCCGCGAGUCGUUGCAGCUUAUCACAAUUUACUUUACGGUCAAGCACUUCCGUUUCCGCCCAAUCCAGUACCACGACUCAAUCUCGAACUUAACCAACGGAAAUGUUUCGAGUCACCGGGGAGUCCUAAAAUAUCGUCGGUUUGUUCCAUAACGUCCUCUGAAAGUAUGUUGUAUAGUUGCCCCAAAAUGUCUGGAAUCUCGCCACAAACUAGUCCUCGGCUACCCCCUGAUAGUAACAUGCUGAAACCUACCACUUUUGCCUCGACGACAAGCCAAAAUCAUAUGAAGCAUUACAACGUUUCGUCAGUGACCAUGACUAGUCCAAGGACAUCUACUUCAACGGAUCAAAGUUCGACUUCGAAUUCAAAAUCUUCCGGACAUCAUAAUAUGAGUCAGAAUCAGUCCCUUUUGAAAUCUUCUAGUAGUAGUGAGAGUCAGAAGGACGAGAAAGUGGACCAAACAAACACCCAGUUGAACCCUAGAAUUCCCACGUCCCGUUGUCAGGACUUAAGUCAAUCCAGUUCUAAAAAUUCCGCAAAGAAUUCUUCAAAGAGAAACAACGGUAAAGAUGGCGUUAAGCCAGAAAAGAGUUUAGAAAAUGCAGUGGAAAAGCUAACCCAGAGUAAAACAAAAGAAAACGCUAUUGCUCAAAAAAAUAACGACAGGAUUGCUGAAAAAAAUAAGAACGAAAAACUUUCAGAAAAUGAUGCUGCUAUCAACACCGCAAAUAAAUUUACUCCUACCACUACUGACGAAAAAAGUAUUACAGAGCCGGACUCUAAGAAGAAAUUAAAGGAAGAAAAAAGUGAAAUGGUUAAUGGCAGGCUUACAACUUCAAACGGGUCAUUAGAAUCGAAGAGUCUACGAAGUAAUGAUAAGGAAACGAAAAAUUGCGAAGAGAAACGGGAUUCGAACGGAAAUCUACCAGCAAAGAAACUGUUGGAUAAUCGUAACUGUGAUGAAAAGACGCACGACGACGCGAAAGACACGUCAACGGCGAAGGAAACCGCUGAAGAUAAAAAAUUACAAAAGACUACUGAAAACAGUGAUUUGGGAAAUAAUAAUGGAAACUUGCUUGUUCAGACUGACACUAAACGUUAAAGUUAAGGACAAAGGAAAAUCGAGAACAUUAUAUUUAUUUGCCUACCGGUAGGUCUUCAUCACUCCUGUUAUACCAUACGGUGUGUAUAUUUGGUAAAGUACAAACGUUACUAUUGUGGCUCAAAAUGAAGUUUGAUUUUAAUUUUCUCAAAAUUACUAGGGACCCGAAUAGAGCGUACAAAGAUUUCUGCAUUUUGUUGAGAUUUGUGGCCCUAAACUUUUGUGACGCCUCCGGUAGUUCGAAUUCUCUUUCUUUGUAAAAACAAAAGUGGUGAUAAUUUUUCGUAGGUUUUAUGUAAUUUGUUUUUCAUAUCAGGGAAAGUGCCUGCAUGUAUUAAGUAGCAUUGUUUUUUAUUUGAAUUAAUUUUAUUUGUUUUUUAUGAGUACGGUGCCUUUUACCGAAACUAAAUGACCUUGAAUGAGAAAAAAAAUAUGAGAAAAUAAUGAAAAAUACACCAAUUCUACUAAUCUCUAUUUUAAAAAUACUCGCUUCUUAGUUGGGCAGUCUUUUCUGUUACGCUUCUUUGAAAAUAUUUGUAAUUAGUUGUGUGAAUAAGUUUUCAUUUUUAGAUGCAGUUUAAUCCCAAGGCUAAAUUAUACUGAGGUCGACAAUUUCGUGUUUGUUUUUUACACUUCCUAAGAAAACUACUGUGUAGAGACAGAAAUAAUAUUUUAAUUCCUUAUCAUCAAAAAUAUAUUUUUGAUGACUUCAUAAAUCGCCUUUUCAUUAUAAUGGCGUGGUAAUUUUAGGACAGCCUGUAUAUAAUUUUUAUACUGUUAAUUUAUUCAGAAUGAAAUGUUUCUGAUAAAAACGUAUUAUUAUUUUUUUGUUAAUAAGACCUGAGUAGAUGGCAUUAUUAUUAUUAUGUUGUAGCCGAAG